AUGAAUUUGGAGGAGAGACCUGAUGAUCAUAAAGUUUUCACUAAAUUGGAUCUUGAAUUGAAUAAACUGGGGAGGCUCCCGUAUGAUCCUUUGAUAUACAAGCAUGUAAAAGUUAUUGAGCCACUUUUGUUGAGUUCUGACAAAAAUGGAGAAGAGCAUGUGCAAGUUGUGGCCAUUGUAGGUUAUAGAGGAUUAGGAGAAACCAAAAUUGCUAACUACCUAUUUAAUGACCAAAAUGUCCCAAGCAGCCACUUUGACUUGAGAAUUUGGGUUAAUGUCCCUUAUGCUUUUGACAUGAAAUCACUUGUUCAGGGAAUCGUUUUGUAUACAGCUAAAAAAGAUGCUAUGGUCAAACAAAUUGAGUCUGCAGGGAAGAGACUAUCAGAGUACGCACUGUCUGAGAUAUGUAGCGCCAUGCAUGAAAUCAACAGCCUUAGCACUGAACAACUUUACAAGGAGAACUCUGCCUUCUUAGAAACUGAGAGGAGUGCCAUCAAAGAUAGCCUGCAUCGCCUCGAUGAAGGUGAAUUGCAUGAGGAGCUUCAAAAGAUUAUAGAUGGAAAACCGCUGCUUCUUGUACUUGAUGGUGUCUGGAAUAUGGACACUGAAAUGUGGCUACACUUCAAAAACUUGUUAUCAAAUUCAAAUGUUGUUUGUGGGAGCAGAAUAAUAAUAACUACUCGUAGUAAACUUGUCGGAAACAUUAUUGCGAGUAUAAAGAAAGAUGUCUAUAUGUUAAGCAAUCUAGAUGAAUAUGAGUCUUGGAUGCAAUUCGUACUAUCUACUUUCCUUAGUAUCAUGACAGAGCCAGUCAAUUCCAAAGUUGUGGAGAUUGCAUUGAAGAUUGUGAAAAGAUGUGGAGGAAACCCCUUUGCCUUACAGAUAGUAGGACAACAAAUAGAGGAAGUGGGUUAUGAAUAUGUUCAGGAUUUAUGUCAAAGAUCCUUGUUUGAAGAAGUGGAAGUAGAUCAUAACCAGAAUGGCCUUGUGACAAAGAUCAGAAUUGCAGAACUUACACAGAAGCAAGCAAUACUUAAUCAUGAGAAUGACUUCGUAACAAAGAUCAAAAUGCCAAACCUUAUACAUGAUGCAAAGAGGCCUAGGAUUCGAACAAUUAUUUUGCCUAGCCAGUUACAAGAGGAAACUCAGGGGAGACUAAGUAGCUCAACUUCUAAAGAUAUCAUUACCAAUUUUAAAAUGCUACGCACAGUGAAUCUGGAUAACAGAGGAAUGGAAGUUGUGUUGAAGUUCAUUGGUAAGUUGGAGUGUCUAAGAUACAUUAAUCUUUCUCAAAACAAAGCUAUUAAGUCAUUGCCAAAUUCAAUCACCAAGAUACGGUAUUUGAUGACACUGAAACUCUCUUCUUGCUAUGGACUCAAAGAGCUGCCAAAGGAUAUGGAGAAACUAGGCCACCUCAAACAUCUUGAGAUUGAUUGUGGUGAUAAGCUUUCUGAUUGGCUUAUCUCACUCAAAAAUUUGGUCAAAUUUUCAUUACAAAAAUGCAAAUGCAAAAAUCUACAACCACUAAGUCAGCUAACAUCUCUUAAGGUAUUGAUUAUGGAGGACAUGGCUAGCUUGAAGCAUAUCUCCAACAAGCCUGAUGAUCACAAUUUUGAGUCAUCAACAGAACUCAUUAAAACCCUGGAAGAGCUAAGGCUUAUAGAAUUGCUUGAUCUAGAAGGAUGGUGGGAGGAAGGCGAUACUUCUUUGGUCUUGAAAUCAUUUCCUUAUCUUUCCAAAUUGAUGAUCGAAGAUUACCCCAAGUUGCAUUCCAUGCCACUUUAUCCAUAUUUAAAAGAAUGCCUAGUGUUAAAGAACACUAGCUUGAAGACAUUCACAUAG